AUGGAGGUUGAGGGCACUCAGGAAGGCGAAGAGGUCUCGAGGGACCCCUCUGUCGACCAACUUUUGGGUCAAUAUCCCUUGAAGUUCCAAGACACAGUCAAGGAUCUUUCAGGGGACCUCGAGGUGUUGACCACUUCUGUUGCGAGGGCCACAGAUUGGAUUCUGCAGGCUGCGCAUCACGAUCUGCUCUCCAUCGAUGGGGGUGAUGUCUUCGUGGCUCAGAUGACGUCCUUUGUGAACGCCGUCAUGGCCACCGACUUUAGUCGUAUUUGCGGACCAGGCGAACUUGACAACUUCUUGCUUGCCUCCCUUCUCGAGGCUGAGACGUUGUCCAAGGAUGAGCCGACUAUCCAUCCAGCUCCCUUUUUUGACCUCCUCCCCCUGCUGCCCGCAUUGGACAACCUAGGUCGCCCGGCCUCCCCUUCUCGCAUCCCUGCUUCCAAGAAGCGUAAGGGUGUUGAUCGUCCAGUGCCGCCCCCUCCUCAGAAGAAGAGCAAGGUUGCCUACUCCUGCCCUGGUCUGCCUCUGCUGAUCAACGGUGCUACUAAGCCCAAGCCCUGGCCGAUGAAGACUUCCCCUCAUCGCUCCGUCCCCUUUUUUACUUCCAAGGGCCCCACCCAGAAGCAGGUUCUUGUGUCAUUCGGGGGUACCCCUCCUGACCUCAUGAAAUUCUUCACCAAAUCGGCCGUCCAUGCAGCCAAUGGGUAUCUCAGAGAUGGCCACUCCAUGUUAAAGGUCACCUCCAUUGUCUGUGCCUACGAUGGCUUGUCGUUGGUCACCCCUGCUGUCGCCAGCCUGUCCGACCUGGACAUACUGUGCAACUUUAUUUGUGAAAGCCUCCCAAUGGGUACCCUGUUUGAGGUUGCGCUCCCCUUGUCAACAUCUUUCAUUAAGAUUCUCAACGUUCCCUACUUCGACCCCAAAGGAUUGAAGAUCACCCAGGAGGCGCUGAGAAGGCCCUCAGUUCAUGCUGAGGUUUUUGCGUAUCUGAGCACCAAGCCUUGGAUCAAUCGCAACUCGGCGCACUUGACAUUGUGCACCGUGUACUGCAACAUUUGGGACUGCCAGCAGGGAACCCAUGCCAAGAAGGCCUUAGGCCAAUCAGGCCGCGCUGCGUCGACACACUGCACACACUGGGGGUCCCGCUCUGCCAGCACUGCUGGAAGUGGGGCCACCCCACUGUUGCCUGCAAGGUCCACACAAGCAGAAGGAACAUCACCAACAUGUGGGAUGUUGCAAGGGGAACGCGAAAGCAAAGCCCCUGUGCUGCCCACCCCUCAUGACCAGCCCUGCCCCCACAAAGGCCGCUGUGUCAAUUGCCACAAGGACCACACUGCCAACUUGGCUUUGUGCAAGUUCUGGGCCCAUCGCUAUGACUGUGAGUGGAUCAUGGCCAAGUAUCGUCAGACUAAUGAAGGGCAACCCUCAGGACCUAAAUACAUGGAGGGCAAUGAGGUUAUUGGCGCACCGAAACAUCCAGACUGGUUGCAAAUGGUGUGCAUUAAGGAAGGGGAAGUUGCCCAUGUAAUUGCCUAUGUUUCGACUAGGCUCUCCCGCUAUCGUCCCGCUAUGCGCCGCAACAUUGUCGACCAUCGCAACAUCCUCGUCCUCUUCCUCUUUAGUGGGGGUGAGGUUCUUAAUCUCAUGAACAUCUAUUCUGACAAUCAACACACAGCCAUUGAGCACCUCACUGCUCGUGUGCAUUCUCUGCCACCUUUCAUUUAUAUGGCAGGCGACUUCAACUGUGUGUCGACAACUUGGGAUGACUAUGAGCAUGGCGAGUCGUCGACAGCAAUAUCCCUGUGGGACACCGCAUCUCAGAUCGGCCUCGAGUGGGCACGACCUUCUAACCAUGGACCAACGAGGAUCAGUCCUAAUCCAUGUUAG